GGGAGGAGGGGGGGGCGCGCGAGAGAAAGCGUCUCGGCCAGCUAGGCUGCAGCUUCUGCUAAACCUGCCAGCGAGGAAGCGAGAAGACCAACACCAAAGAAAAUGACAUCCCGGAGGUGGUUCCACCCCAACAUCACAGGUGUGGAGGCUGAAAACCUGCUGCUGACUCGAGGGGUGGACGGGAGCUUUUUAGCCCGACCCAGCAAGAGCAAUCCAGGAGACUUCACCCUCUCAGUGCGGCGAAAUGGAGCCGUCACUCACAUCAAGAUCCAGAACACCGGCGACUACUACGACCUGUACGGCGGGGAGAAGUUCGCCACCCUGGCGGAGCUGGUGCAGUAUUACAUGGAGCACCACGGGCAGCUGAAGGAGAAGAACGGAGACGUCAUCGAGCUCAAGUACCCGCUCAACUGUGCGGACCCCACGUCGGAGAGAUGGUUCCACGGACACCUGUCUGGCCGCGAGGCCGAGAAGCUGCUGACGGAGAAAGGGAAGAACGGCAGCUUCCUGGUGAGGGAGAGCCAGAGCCACCCCGGGGACUUCGUCCUGUCGGUCCGGACGGGAGACGACAAGACGGACAGCAGCGACAACAAACCCAAAGUCACCCACGUGAUGAUCCGCUGCCAGCAAGACCUAAAGUACGACGUCGGCGGAGGGGAGAAGUUCGACUCCCUCACCGACUUGGUGGAGCACUACAAGAAGAACCCCAUGGUGGAGACUCUGGGCACCGUGCUUCAGCUCAAGCAGCCCCUGAACACGACUCGCAUUAACGCCGCCGAGAUUGAAAGUCGAGUGCGGGAGCUGAGCAAACUGGCGGAGGCCACGGACAAAGUGAAACAGGGCUUCUGGGAAGAGUUUGAGACUUUGCAGCAGCAGGAGUGCAAACUGCUCUACAGCCGCAAAGAGGGCCAGAGAGCGGAGAACAAGAACAAGAACCGAUACAAGAACAUCCUGCCCUUCGACCACACGCGGGUGGUGCUUAACGACAGGGAGCCAAGUGAGCCGGGCUCCGACUACAUCAACGCCAAUAUCAUCAUGGUGGUAUCUGCUGUCAUGCCGGAGCUGGACCCGAAGUGCAACAGCACGAAGGUGAAGAAGAGCUACAUCGCCACGCAGGGCUGUCUGCAGAACACCAUCAGCGACUUCUGGAGGAUGGUGUUCCAGGAGAACUCCCGGGUCAUCGUCAUGACAACCAAAGAGGUGGAGCGAGGAAAGAGUAAAUGUGUGAAGUACUGGCCGGACAUGUCGGCCCUGAAGGAGUACGGAGCGAUGCGCGUCCGCAACGUCAGAGAGACGUCGGCACACGACUACAUCCUGAGGGAACUCAAGCUGUCCAAGGUCGGACAGGGCAACACGGAGCGCACGGUGUGGCAGUACCACUUCAGGGCGUGGCCUGACCACGGCGUGCCCACCGACCCGGGCGGCGUCCUGGACUUCCUGGAGGAGGUGAACCUGAAGCAGGAGAGCAUCGUGGACGCCGGGCCGAUAGCGGUGCACUGCAGUGCUGGAAUCGGGAGGACAGGAACAUUUAUCGUGAUCGACAUCCUGAUCGAUGUGAUCAGAGAAAAAGGCGUGGACUGCGACAUCGACGUGCCGAAGACCAUCCAGAUGGUCCGCUCGCAGCGCUCCGGGAUGGUGCAGACGGAGGCGCAGUACCGCUUCAUCUACAUGGCCGUGCAGCACUACAUCGAGACGCUGCAGAGGCGCAUCGAGGAGGAGCAGAAAAGUAAGAUUAAAGGGCGCGAGUACACCAACAUCAAGUACUCCUUGUCCGACCUGUCCGGGGGAGAGCAGAGCCCUUUGCCCCCGUGCACUCCCCUCCCGACUCCCACCUGCACAGAGAUGAGGGAGGACAGCUCCAGAGUGUAUGAGAACGUGGGCCUGAUGCCGCAGCAGAAGAGCUUCAGAUGAGAUUCACCUUUGACCCCAGUGCUCUAUCAGUUCCGGGAUCUCCAUCCCCGACAGUUUUUUCCGCCAGCCGCACCUUGACGCCUGAGACUCGUUGACCGUAAUGACGUGGAACAAUGGAAACACACACACACACACACACACACACACACACACACACACACACACACACACACACACACACACACGAGAGAGAGAGAGAGGCCAGACACCAGGCUCCUCCUGUGAACAUUCUCCCUCUAGUUGAAUUCUAAACCACUGUGAUGAUCAUCAGAAGAGCCUCGGAGAAGCCGAACUUACUAAAUCCUUUUUGUAACUCUCACUCCUCAGAGGGGGAACCGCCCCGCUGACCUUUGCUCACAUUCUUCUGUGUUUAUUUUUUGUUAUUUACCAAAGG